GCAGAGCUUGAGGCGGUAAGGGCGGCCGCGCGGGGCCGGGGCGGGUGGGCCUUCCUGACCGGCCCCGACCAGGGCAGGGCGGCGCCUCUCCGCCCCUUCGACCCAACCUCGCUCCGCAGCCCGGAAUGGGAACCCGCGGAGGGGUGUUUUCAUUCGCCUUUAAGGCGGCGCCCGCCUCGCCUCCUCCUUGCUGCCCUCGCCGCGCUCCGGUUUACUUCGUGUUUACUUCGGGCUCUGAGCUUCCUGGGCCGUCAGCUCCUCCAGAAGGGCGGAGAAUACCCUUGUAUUGUGGAGAUCUGCCACCAUGAAGCUGAAGGAGGUGGAGCGAACAGCAGUCCAAGCCUGGAGUCCUGCAAGCCACCACCCCAUCCACUUGGCAACAGGAACAUCUGCACAGCAGCUCGAUGCGUCCUUCAGUACCAGUGCCACUCUGGACAUUUUUGAAGUGGACUUCAGAGACCCCUCUUUGGAGAUGAAAUGUAGAGGCAGCCUUCCCACCUCAAAUCGAUUUCACAAACUCAUCUGGGGCAGCUUUGCCAAUGGAGGAUCUGAUUCUUUUGGAGUGAUUGCAGGCGGAAGGGAUAAUGGCGCGAUCACCCUGUAUGACGCUACUCUCAGUCUGACUUCAGCGAAAGAGCCAGUGAUCGCCCAGGUGGAGAAGCACACAGGCCCUGUUCGAGCACUCGACUUCAACCCUUUCCAGGACAACCUGCUGGCUUCUGGAGCCAACAACUCUGAGAUAUACAUCUGGGAUUUGAAUAACUUCAAUAUACCAAUGACUCCAGGGACUAAAUCACAGCCUCCAGAGGACAUCAGCGUGGUGGCCUGGAACCAGCAGGUCCAGCACAUCCUCUCCUCUGCCCAUCCCAGCGGGAAGGCUGUUGUAUGGGACCUACGGAAGAGUGAGCCCGUCAUCCAAAUCAGUGACCACAGCAACAGAAUGUGCUGCUCAGGAAUGGCUUGGCAUCCCGAAAUCGCCACCCAGCUGGUCCUCUCAUCAGAAGAUGACCGUUUGCCGGUGAUCCAGAUAUGGGACCUGCGGUUUGCCACCUCUCCCCUUAGCCAGCUGGAGGGCCACACAAGGGGCAUCUUAGCUCUCUCCUGGUGCCAAGCAGACCCUGACCUGCUGCUUACCAGUGCCAAAGACAGCCGGAUCCUGUGCUGGAAUCUCUGCACCAGUGAAGUGGUCUUUGAGUUGCACACACAGACCCAGUGGUGUUUCGAUGUCCAGUGGUGUCCUCGGAAUCCAUCUGUUUUCUCAGCUGCCUCUUUUAAUGGGUGGCUCAAUGUUUAUUCUGUUAUGGGCGGCAGCCUGGAGGCACAACAGAAAACCCAGGCUGACAAGAUCUCCUCCUCUUUCAGUCACCUGGACCCCUUUGACACAGGACAAAGCCUUCUGCCUCUCCAAGUGCCAGAACGUGUGGCUCAGACAUCCCUCAUCCCACCUUUGAAAAAGCCUCCCAGAUGGAUCCGCAGACCAACAGGGGCUUCGUUUGCAUUCGGAGGUAAAUUAAUCACCUUCGGCCGCAGCAAGGCCUUUUCACAGCCAGGGCAGCAGACGGGGCCGCAACAGGUAUUUAUCAGCCAAGUCACCACCGAGGCCGAUUUCCUGGCCCGCUCCAGGCAGCUGCUGCAGGCUCUGGAGUCAGGCAGUCUUCUUGACUUUUGCCAAAAGAAGAUCAAGGCGGCUCAGGAACCAUCUGAAGAGAACGUCUGGAACUUCCUGAAGGUGAAUUUAGAGUCGGAAUGCAGGACCAAACGGCUGAGGCUGCUGGGCUAUAACAAAGAGGACUUGCAAAAAAAGAUUGCAUUGUACUUGGAGAAUGACGUUUUGGAUAAGCAGCCUCUUCCUGAAGCUGAUGACCUUGUGCAGACCACACAAGCCAUUCUGGGCCUGAAAAGCUCCACUGACAAGGCCGGUUCCACUACACAUUUCUUUGACAACAUUCUACCGAAGGAGAAGACGAUGCUGGAAAUUCCGGUCUCAACAGACACAGAUGGGCUGAUCAGUCAAGCGCUGCUACUUGGGGACUUCCCAAGCGCCGUGGAGCUCUGUGUGAGAGCAGAUCGAUUUGCUGAUGCCCUCAUCCUUGCUAUCUCUGGGGGAGAGAAGCUGCUACAGGAGACACAGAAGAAGUACUUUGCCCAAAAGAAAACAAAGAUUUCUCCGCUUUUGUCCACCAUCGUGCUCCAGAGCUGGCAAGAUAUCAUCUGUACAUGCAACCUGCAAAGCUGGAAGGAAGCCCUGGCCAUCUUGCUGAUGUACUCCACACCCAAGGAAUACACUGAGCUCUGUGAUCUGCUGGGUGCGCGUUUGGAGUCUGAAGGAGGCGGGACCCUGUCCAAUGAAGCUUGCCUGUGUUACAUCUCCUCGGGGAAUGCUGAGAGAUUGGUGGAAUGCUGGGUAAAAAUCCAUCGCACAUUACCUCCACUGGCUCUCCAGGGUCUGAUGGAGAAGGUGAUGGUGCUGACCAGGUCUAUGGAGAUGCUGGGUGGCACCCCAGGGCUACCCCCAGGCCCGCUCUUGGCAGAGCAAAUGGUUCGGUAUGCCAGCCUGUUGGCUUCCCAGGGCUGCCUGGCAGCUGCGAUGAGCUACCUGCCAAGUACGCCUAGCCAGCCCCUGAUGGAGCAGCUCCAGGACCGUCUCUGCCAUGCACAGGGCAAAAGUGCGGCAGAGCAGCAGCCAUCUCCCAUCGCUCAGGGACAUGCCCGUGCAGGAGCACCUCAGCACCAGUACCCAGCAAGCAAGGGUGGCUCAGCUCCUGAAGAACCCAUCAGCAAAACUGGUCCCAGGCAUCUGGCCCAAGGUGCCAGCCAGCUGCCAAUCACUCCACCAGCCCUCGCUCGGCCACCUGUGCCCUCGCCCUACACACCUCCACCUGCCCCAGUAAUGCCUCUGCCCAGUGCCACCCCAGCCACUCCUGCUUUCCCCCCGAGAGGAGCACCCCCGCCUUAUUUCCGGUAUAGCUCUGGUGUCGUGCCCACUUCCGUUACUGGGCCUGCCGUGCCAUUGGCACAGCCAUUCAGCUUGCCCGGCGCCAACCUCUCUGGACCCAGCCGGCCUCUUGCUCCAUCGUUAUCUCUGGGACCCACCUUCUUGACUCCAGCAUCUGUUCCUUGUUCCCAGCUCUCUGCAGCCGGCGGCCCUGCCACUCAGGGCCAGUCUGCUAUGCUUUUCUCUCCCUUUCCUCUCAGUUGUCCAGCGGCUGUGAGCUACCCUCCGGGAGGUCCUGUUGUUCCAACUUCAAAGCCCCUGGCUGCUAGCAACCUCCCUUCACCACCCACAGCUCAGGAGUCCUGGAACAGCCCUGCUCUGAGAGGGAGCCUCCAGAGGAAAAGAAUUUCUGAGAGGUUCACCCCUCCCACCCCAAUCACGACUCCCGUAAGGAACCUCCCUGUGGAGCCUCCCGGAGGUCUUCCAGGACAGUUUUCUCCGUCCCAGGAGUUUGUUCGCGUGCCUCCAGGGACACCAACAGAAGGUGGCACGCUGCUUCAUCAACUGCCUGUGGUGCAAAUUAAGAAGAAGGAAAUUCCUCCCGAACAUCAGGUGUUGAAGACCACCUUUGAAAGGCUGGUUCAGCGCUGUUUAUCCAUUGCCACCGAUGUUAAAACCAGAAGGAAACUGGAGGAUGCAACUCAGCGGCUGGAGUGUUUGUAUGAGAAGCUGCAGGAGCAGGCCCUUUCCCAACCCAUCCUGCUGGGUCUCCAUGAGAUGGCUCGCUGUGCGGAGGCUCGCAGUUACCAACAGGCCCUAGCGGUGCACACACAGGUGGUGAGCAGCAGCAGUUUUAGUGACGUCUCUGGCUUUAUGCCCGUCCUGAAGGCUAUCCUAACCGUUGCCCAGAAGCUCAGCGUUUAGACUGAACCACCAUCCCGGUGGCCUGGAUCGUCGUGGUGGAGAGAUGGCACGGAUUGGUGGAAGUUUCUCUUUUUUGACAGUUGGAUGCUGACCCUCCUCUUGAAAGGGGCCGUGGGCACAAGUGGCGGUGGCUCAGGCCACUGCUCUUUGGCUCCGUCAAGCCAAGGUGGCAAGGAGCUGCUCUGUGGGCUGUUCUGGAGUCCUCCGCAGUCUCCUCAUUCACAAGAACCUCCUCUGGACCUCCCUCCUGGCAUGUGCUGGAGUGGCUCCACGAGCAUGUUCCUUUCACGGGUUCUUCGCAAGAAGUCCUUCAACGGGAGCUUAGGAAUUCUGCAGGAAAUACGACAAAACGCAGCGCCAGGAUGAGAGAGAACGCCAACUUCCUCGUCCCCUCCGCUUUCCGAAGCCCCUUUCCUGUUGUUCUCCGGCUUUGGGGUCAUCCUGUCUACACACACUACACACGCUGUGUGAGAUCACCUGGCCGUAUUGCAAUAAUCUCCCAGCAUGGCGGGCCUUUGGGGUAACGCUUUCAGAGGCACUUUGUAGGGCUAGCUAGCUCAUGGAAUUGUAAUGGCCAUCCUGUUUCUAUUAAUGACUGAAGUGCAUUUUUUAUUUGUGCGGUGAGGGGUCUGUAAACCAAUUCUUCGUUUGCAACCUAACAGGUCCCUUCCAGAUUGGACCUCAAGUGCCUCCCCUUUCAGUGUGGGCCUUGUUGGAGAAAAGCUUUGGGGCCAUCCCACCAGCAGCUCCUGCUUUCCCAUACUAGCCUGGGCAACCACUUCUGGUAGCGAGCACUUCUUACACCCUGGACACGUCUCCGUUGCUGCCAGGCCACAUGGGAAAUGUAGUUCCAGUUCAGUCCGUGUUGAGUUGGGUGGGCGGGCCAGGGGGCUUGCCCACUGCAGAUUUGUGCUUGUUAGCAACAGUAUUGCAAAGGGGGUGGGAUAACUUUGCAGACAGACCAGUGCAAGGAACUGCCUGUCGUUUCCUGCCCUGCCCUGUGGUCAAACUUGCUUCAUGUUUUGUGAUGAUGGUUUCAAGGGGCAGGAAGGGUUGGAAGAAUACAUUCGGUGUGUUCAAACUUGCAGGGCAGGUCACGUUUUGAAGGUCUUUCUCUCGCUCCUUGGCCUUGUUCUUUAUGCAUGAUGGUGGACUACGGUUGAGCUUACACUGAGCCUUGUGGCAUAGAAGAUGAGGACGAGUCUGAUUGUGUGUGUGGGAUUCAGCCCUCCCCUGCCUUAUGCACACACCCAGUGCCUGCUUAUUGCCAGUCUCUCCAGAUCUCUUUGAUGCACAGAUGAAAACUGAUGAAAUAAAGCUGCUUUUUGUGAA